AUGGGAUUUGGAAGAAAGAUUGAUGAUGAAGAUGAAACAGCCAAAAAUAUAAACACAAAUAAUUUAAAAGAAGAUUACGAUAAUAAUAGUAAUUUUGGUGCUGUUGAAGAUAUUCACUUUGAUGCUUAUGCGGGAUUAUGUGUAACAUCUUAUGAAGAUUAG